AUGAAGAACAAAGCCAAAGGCCAUGUGAUAGUUCUUCCGUAUCCAGCCCAAGGGCACAUCAACCCGCUCCUCCAAUUCGCAAAAGUUUUAGUCACCAAAGGCCUCAAGGCCACAUUAGCCACAACCCCAUACACAAUCAACCACAUUCAUGAACCAACCGUGGCUAUUGAACCCAUCUCAGAUGGCUACGAUGAGGGUGGCUUCACCCAUGCUCCAAGCGUUGAAUCCUACAUUGACUCCUUUAGAUCAGCUGGUUCCAAAACAUUAUCAGAGCUUAUAAUUAAGUUGAGACACUCGUCAUGCGCCGUGAACUGUAUUGUGUAUGACUCUAUGCUUACUUGGGCACUUGAUGUUGCAAAACAGUUUGGUAUCUAUGGUGCUGUGUUCUUGACGAAUUCUGCUUCUGUGUGUUCUAUUUAUUGGGAAAUGAAAUUGGGAAACUUGGUUUUUCCUUUGGAGAAAUGGGUGUUUCCGAUUUCAAUUCAUGGGCUUCCUCCUCUCGGGGUUUCUGAUUUGCCUAGCUUUGUUGCAAGACCUGAUGAUCACAAAGCUUAUCUGGAUGCUAUCAUGGGAAUAUUUGAGACUUUGAAGAACAAUGACUGGGUAUUCUGCAACACUUUUCAGGAACUCGAAAGUGAGGCUUUAGAUGGUACAUGGCCAGUUAUACCAGUAGGACCAAUGGUUCCAUCAGCAUAUCUACACCAACAAAAUUCAGAAGACACAGCUUAUGGAGCCACACUGUGGAAUCCAACUAGAAAUAAAAGCUACAUGACAUGGUUAGGUACAAAGCCGCCAAGGUCUGUAGUUUAUGUAUCAUUCGGAAGCAUGGCAACAACAACAGCUAAACAAGCCGAAGAAAUCGCAAACGGCUUAAAGGCUAGCAAGAAGAAUUUCAUAUGGGUGGUGAAAGAAUCUUGGGAGAUAUUACCAAAGGGGUUUAUGAGUGGACUCGGUGAUGCAGGGUUGGUGGUGACGUGGUGCAACCAAUUGGAGGUGCUGGCUCACCCGGCCGUCGGCUGCUUUGUAACGCAUUGUGGAUGGAACUCAGUAUUGGAGGCACUGAGUAUAGGGGUGCCGAUGGUCACGGUGGCUCAAUGGAGUGAUCAACCUACAAAUGCUAAGCUUGUUGAAGUGGUGUGGGGAGUGGGAACAAGAGCUGAGAAGGAUUCAGAUGAUGUUUUAUCAGGCAAAGAAUUGGAGAAGUGUAUAGGAGAAGUUAUGGACGCUGAAAAAAGUGAUGAUUUAAAAAGAAAUGCUUCUAAGUGGAGUCAAAGUGCUUCAAGAGCAGCCAGUGUAGGUGGGACUUCAGACAAAAAUAUCAAUGAGUUUGUAAAGAUCUUAAUGUUACCUAAAGGGGAAAACAAUUAAUGUAAGGUUUGAUUACUUUCUAGGUACUGUAGGUUCAUUAAGUUUUCAAUUGAAUCCUUAUAGUUUUAUAAUCAAAUCCCUUAUUAUACGAAACUUAUUAAUCAAAUUCCUAUAAUUUAAACGUUACUAAUUA